CGGCUCUUUGUCUGGAAUCAAAACAUGUUGGUCGGAGGGGAUGUGCGAGCCUCGUGCCGCCUGCUGGCCGAGCCCCCGCAGCCGUUUGUUUUGGAGGGACACCGGGAGCCGCGGGACCGACAGCUGAGGAGCGGGACGGCGGCACACCGACGACGUUAAACGGCUCCACGUGGCGCCGCGCAUGCGCAGCUCCGUCCUGUCUGAGCAGAGGAGGAGCCGAAAGGAAGCCCCUCCCACCCACUGUAGUCCAAAAACACAUCGUCCAAACGAGCCGACGUGCACGCGCAGCAAACACGCGCCCAUCGCUGCCCGGAGGAGAGUCCGCGUGACCACAUCCGCGAGACAAGAUGAGCGACGCCGCGGUGGACGCGACCACGCUGUGCCUGUUCGACGUGGACGGCACGUUAACGGCUGCGAGACAGGUCGUCACGCCGGACAUGGCGGACUUCCUGCAGAGGCUCAAGACUCGGGUUCGGGUGGGCGUGGUCGGCGGGUCGGACCUCGUCAAGAUCAAGGAGCAGCUGGGAGCGGACGUGAUCCAGAGGGUGGACUACGUGUUCGCCGAGAACGGUUUGGUGGCCUACAAGAACGGACAGCUGCUCUCGGUCCAGUCCAUUCAGGCUCACAUGGGGGAGGAGCUUCUGCAGGACUUCAUCAACUUCUGCCUGAACUACAUGGCCACCAUCAAGCUGCCCAAGAAGAGAGGAACCUUCAUCGAGUUCCGGAACGGGAUGCUGAACGUCUCUCCGAUCGGACGCAGCUGCACUCAGGAGGAGCGGAUCGAGUUCUACGAGCUGGACCAGAAAGAGAAGAUCCGAGAGAAGUUUGUUUCUGCGCUGAAGGAAGAGUUCAAAGGAAAAGGCCUCUCCUUUUCCAUCGGAGGUCAGAUCAGCUUCGACGUGUUUCCUGACGGCUGGGACAAGCGCUACUGUCUGGGCAUCGUGGAGAAGGACGGGUACUCCACCAUCCACUUCUUUGGAGACAAGACCAAACCUGGAGGGAACGACUACGAGAUCUUCAGUGACCCGCGGACCGUCGGCCACGAGGUCUCCAGUCCAGAGGACACCAAGCGUCUCUGCGAGAAACUCUUCUUCUGCUGAAGUUACUGCGGUUCUGACUGUUACUGCAGACUCAAGGGGGCGGAGUCUCACCCUGAGUCGGGGGAGGAGUUAAAGACUUUUGUCUCCAUUUUGAUCCGUCCCGUGUGACCCAGAGAGCCAAUCGGCUGCAGCAACACAGGAAGUGACUUCAGUGUAUCACUUCCUGUGAGGGACAACAGCAGCUGUGAUGAAGGCGGCGGUGAGCGGCGCGGAGACGCCAUGUCUGCUGAAAGUUUGACCAAUAAAGACGUAAACGGUA